AUGCGGGAGAGGUCCCGGUCUAAGCUCGUCCAAAGGAGGAUACGUGAGACCUUGUUGGAGAAGCGCUACCUCCCAGCUAUCUCGGGUGAAGCGAGCUAUUUCACAGUUCCUUUCACGAACCCCCUAUCUGUCGAAGCCCUAUACUCGGUUCGGGUGGGCCGAGUCGGCGGCGACAGCAACUUGACAGUGGAGCGAUCCCGGCCAUGUGGACUCUCUUUGGUCACCGAUCCUAUAGAGUGGCGAUAUAUCGUGAAGUCACGAGGGUUCUCCGAGCCCAACAGCGGUUAUGAGCUUUUCACGGCUACGGCAGAAUUCCUGCUGCGCCCUGGUCAGAUGGUGGAGCUCCCCUUCCGGUUCUUGUCGCUCAUCGAGUCCGAGGCUGACUUGAUAUUCGAGAUCAGCAUCAGACGAAGUGGUGGCGAAAUCGCGAGAGUUGUCGAGCUGGUGAUCCCAGGGCCACUUGGAUUCCUGGUCGACCAAGUAGCGCGCUGCUGGGAACUCGAAGGGGCUGCGGUCCGCAAAACACUCUCGCUAGCAAAGGAGGUGGAGACUGAUGCCUCUUUGGUCAUUUCUCCCGAUGACUCGGGUGUUUCGGUCACCAGGGCUAAUGAGCAGCCCAGGCAGCUAUGUAUAUCCCUCAUGGCUCCUGGUGCUAUUGAGAGACCUCGAGAGGCGGUGUGCUUGGUCUACACACGGAGCGACAUCUACCGAGAGCGGCCGAUGUCGGUCGUGAGGAUCAUCUGCUAUGCUCUAUUUGGUGACUACGUGAAGGGCGUUGUUGGUCAGCCCAUCCACAAGGCAAUUAAACUCCCACCACAGCUCCACCAUGGAGCAUCGUCUAUAGUCGCGUACUCAACUAAUUCAGCACUUGCAGAGAUUGAACCCUCGCAUAUUCGAGUUCCCCGGUGCGGCCCAUGCCACCUUCCGCUCUCUAUCCUGCCUUCUAUUAGCGGCAUGAGCACCUGCCUAUUCUUCGUCGCCAAGGAUGGAGAGGCUUCAGCGAUGGGACGCCCUCUAGUUGGAUGGGUUCUUAACAUUCAGGCAGAGCCGCCUACUGUUACUGAGACUCACGACCUGACUCUGACGUAUGGGCAGCAAAGCAGGAAGCGUCUCCCCUUCCGCAAUCCUCUCACGCGCCAAACCGAAUUCAUGAUGAGUAGCUCAAACCCCGACAUACUACAGGUCAGUUAA